CAACAAAUAAAUAUUUUACAAAUUAUAAAAAUAUCUUAAAGAGAUAUUGAAAAUAUUUCUCAAAGUUUGUGAAAAUGAUCAAGAGUGAGGAGGUGUCGGAACGUUCGCUCAUGUCGGUGGAUCAGUUAGGCGGCUCUGGCGGCGGCGGCGGUACCGGUGGCGGUGGCUACUACCACCCCCAUUUUGGCCACCCCCAUCCGCAUCCUCACAGCCUUCCCCAUGGACAUCCGCACUCGCAUCCGCACAGUGGGCACUUGUACCGCACGGGGAAUGGCCUCCUGGUCGGUGGCAAUUACCAGACAAUGGGGGGCAGUGAGUCGCCCACAGAGCUGGUGGACGAGAAGCCAAACAUUGCCUAUAUGGAGCUGAAGCACUACAUGGACGUCACGCCCACGGCCACGCCUGUAUCGGCUGCUCAGCACUAUAGUUUGAGUGCUCUGCACAGCAUGGGCACUCCGCCGGCCUCCUCGAGUCCCAUUCCGCCCUACGGAUCCGUCUCGCCCCAGUCCAGCUCCAAGACGCCCACGGCACAGGAUCUGCAGCCACAGGAUCUGCAGUAUGUGACCUCCAGCUCUGCAUCAGUUAUCUCCUCCAAGGUGCAGCCACUGCAGGUGCAACUCCAACCCAUGAACCACCAGUAUGCUUCCACCAUCAAGUACUGCUCGAACAACACCAUUCUCAGUGCCAAUGACUACCAGCUGCUGACCAGCCAUGAGGCUCAAGUGGAGCAACAGCAACAGCAGCAGCAGCAGGCGCCUCCCCAGCAGCAACAGCAGGUGCCGCUCCAGCACUCGCCCAGCGGGGGAGUGGCCUACCUGCCGCGCAUCUCCGCCUCGCCCAGCCAGGUGAUCAGCAAUGCCCACGGAAUGUCCUCUCAUGGGGUCAACUACUCCAGCUCUAGCUCUUCGCCCGCCAAGUCUCUUAAUGGCUCCGAUUCCUCGCCGCCCAGCCAGAAUCAGCAGCAGCAGCAGGGCAGCAAGGCAGGCUCGGGUUCGGGUAACCAGGAUGCAAACAGUACGCCAGACACCACCAAGAAAUCGGGCACUAGGCGGCCCGAGAAGCCUGCUCUGAGUUAUAUCAAUAUGAUUGGACACGCCAUCAAGGAGUCGCCCACCGGCAAGCUGACGCUCUCCGAGAUUUAUGCUUAUUUGCAGAAGAGCUAUGAAUUUUUUCGCGGGCCUUAUGUUGGUUGGAAAAACUCGGUGCGUCACAAUCUCAGCCUGAACGAGUGCUUCAAGAAGCUGCCCAAGGGCAUGGGCGUAGGCAAACCCGGCAAGGGUAACUACUGGACCAUUGACGAGAACUCGGCACAUCUCUUCGAGGACGAGGGCAGCUUGAGGCGCCGGCCCAGGGGAUAUCGCUCCAAGAUCAAGGUCAAGGCGUAUGCGGGUCAUGCCAAUGGUUACUUUGCAGGAAGCUAUGGAGAUGCGGGAAUGGACAAUGCCAACUUCUAUGCCUCGCCCGCCUAUGGCAGCUAUGACUACACCUCGGCUGGCGUUAGUGGCGUCUCUCCGGGUGGAGUCCAGGGAUUUGGUGAUGCCUGGAAUGGCCAUGUUGCCCACAGUGGUUCACCUUCGAUGGGCGUGGUUGGCUCUCUGCCUCAGUACUCCAACAUAUCCUGCCUGACCGCUGGCGGUAAUCUAAAUGGCUCUUCGGCCACUCCCCCGCUGGCCCACUCUGCCCUUGGUAUGGCCCCCUCGGUGACGGGAUCCUCCAGCUCUCCGCUGGGCUCGGCGGCGCUUCAAAGUGAUUAUGCGCCAACCGCCAGUCUCGUGGCCGCGGGCUACUCCUAUGCAACAAGUGCCAGCAGCCUGGACAACGGUCUCCGCUCGAUCUCGCUGCAGCAGCUGCCCGGACUGUCCAGCAUCCAGCAGCAUCAUCAUCAUCACCAGCACCACCAGCAGCAUCACCAGCAUCAGCAGCAGCAGCAGCAGCAUCAUGGCUCGCUUCAUCAGAGCCACGGCUCCAUGACGCCGCCGCCAUCGCAGUCCGGUGGCAACCAUGUCAUCGACCAUUCGCAUUCGCCCAUUGACCGGAAACCGGUUUACCUGCCGCCCAUCACACCUCCACCCACUUCGGUGGCUUUGAAUGGAGGCGGUGGCGGUGGAGGAUACUAUGAGGCCCUCAAGUACUAGGAUUCUUACUGGGAUCAGUCGCUCUAUAUUGUUUCAUUACCUCAAAGGACACACACACAUUAAUUUAGGGUUUAAGUAGUUCUUAGUGCUUAGUUGGGGGAAACUCUACACUUAGAGAAAUCCAUUGUACGCGUAGCAAUUAAAACAAACUAUUUAUAAACAAGACAUGCCUCGCAGCGAAGUUUCGA